UUCAAUUAGAAAUGUCAUACGGGCCAUCGCCGACUUCUUGGAUGGUGACAUGUUUCCAUUAUGUUUAUCAACUACGUGUUUGAAAACAUAACUGAAACAGGUUCGCUGAAUAGUCAUGGUUGAACGGUUCGCACUCACAACACGUGGAGAGGGCCUGUCUUCAUUUCGCCUUCACCUCAUUUCGCCUACACCCUUAUCGAACCAAAUUUACAGCUGACUGCACUGACUGAGCUUGGAUUAGUUAAGAGCCUGAGAUGGACAAUGCCCAUUCAUAUAAUAGGGGUGAGGCAAUUAAGCAUUUGAAUUAUUGUAGUCGAAAUGAGGUGUAGGCGAAAUGAGGGCAAGCCGUGGAGAGAUAGUUCGUGGUCACUUCCACGUGGUCCUCCAGUUUAAACUGUUUCAGACCGUUACACUAGACGAAUGAAAGCCUUCAGAUUGAUACUCUGCGCGACCACAGUUUCCCGAUAUCACUACCAGUGUCCUAUCUACGUAACCAUGACAAAGGACACGCGAGGACCUCACAGAGUGCACAACCCCAGAUAAAUUCAAGUCACAUGACAUGGAUCCCCGCAAGGAGAUGAACAUGCCAUUCCCGCAGGAACAGUUUCAGGCGUUGAGGUCCGGAGGUCAUAUACCCCAGAUACCAGCUCGAUGCAAGUUCCCCCAAUACUCGCUACCCCAGUUGGACGAAAGACUGCUACAAGCUCCAUUCCAGCGUGUGCCACCUUUGUUACCCUCACACAGUGAACGAGGUGACGCUGUAUGGAGCUUGCCGCACCUUGAUGUAAGGGAGACAAUCCAGACAAUACGUGAACUUGAAAACGUCACCGAUCUUGAACAAGAUUCAAAAAUAGGGCAGCAUCGUAACGGGAAUGCUUCAUUUUCGAGAAGAUGUGAGAAAAAGUUAAGCCAGCAAGGACAACAGCCUGGUCCCUUCAUUCGUAACGAACUAUUCUCGAUGAAUCGAACUGAACGUAGAUCUAGAUCAGGACAAGCGGCACUUCCGGUUCCUGAAAUCAACGCCAGCACCUUUUCCCAUGCAGCCCUCGUGAAACCCAGUAAAGAGGUAGGUUCGGAAACAGGUAGGAAUAUAUUCAGCGCUUUAACCGAUAUCAACACAGAUCGGUCGGACAGGUCUCUGUUUGAAUGUGGGACACGGCACUCCAGGCAAUCGCGAGCUGAUGUGGAGAUGGAUCCUAUUCAUGAAACGUAUGCACCUGAGCUUGGACCCAGAGACUCAGCAAACCCUCAAUGUAAACCUUAUGAAAUGCUGAAUAGUGAUACUCCCAAACUGGGACACAGAAAAAAUAAGGUCCAGGACCUGUCGAAAAUGAAAAAAAUAAAGAUAAUCUGGGAUCUUUUCAGAAAUGGAAAGACCACGGGACAAGCAUCUUCUGGUAGACAUGCUGUUACCGACUUGGUAAUAAAUGAUUCCGAUGUUCAUGUUGCUAAGCAACGGUCAGCGCCAACAUACAGAGAUUUAUCAGGGCAAAGCACCAUUUCCAUCAGCACACGCUGCAGUGAACAGACUGAGACACCCCAAGCCGAAGUUAUUCGGAAGGAGGUAAGCACUGAGGAACGAAGGACAUCACGCCUUUGCCCAAACCAGACCGAGAUUGUGAACGCUGCAGCCCAAUCUGAGAAAGUUAAGGUACGGAGAGGAACUGCAGAGGCUCGUUCUGAUAUUGAGAGGAAUCCCACUGACGUAAUAGCCGUUGCUGGGGAAUAUGAGUCUCGUGUCGGAAAUGAAACUUGGAAUAUUGAAUCUCAGGAAUCCCCGAAAAGGAAACGGUUACAGAAAAUCAAGCAGUUUUAUGAUAAUGAAUUGAUUAUGAAGAAAACAUCGACUAAGAGACAUUGCACUGAUCUGGAAAGAAAUGGUUCCGGCGUUCAUGUUGCUAAGCAACGGUCAAUAUCAACGUUCAGCCGUAAUGUCCCCGGACAUAACACAGCGAAUGUGAGGAAAUGUAAUGAAAAGAUUGCCUCUACUGGUAAUGACAAUAUCAAGAAUGGCUUGCGUCAGUCGGCAAUAGUUCAAACAGAUCAAAAGGAUGCUCGUAACAGAGAACAUAUAGCUUUCAUAUUCUGUAAUGGGGAACGCUAUCAAAUCGUUAGUGUGGAAGAAUUUGAGACUAUCCAAUGUGGUCAACUGGCAUAGUCUGCCGUGAUAUGAGAUGAUGUAAUAAACACGAUUUUAAAAUGC